AUGAGUAUUGAUUCUUGUUAUGAAGGUGUUAUUGCAAAAUUAACUUCACAACAAAGAAUAAAAGCUAUAUCUGAUGAAUUAUUGUCUCUAAAAACAGAUAAUGAAAGAGUGCUCUUUGUGUACAAAAUUUUUGAAGACCUUAAUGCUUUUCCCAGUGUUAAAGAGGUCAAGAAAAGUGAUGAACUGUCUAUAUAUUACCGUAACCUUGGUAACGAAUGCUUUGAACAAUCUGAAUUUCAUAAGGCAUGGCAGUAUUACAACUUGUCACUUCUCAAUGCUACUGUACACUCAGAAUACUUUUGCAUAGCAUUAUCUAAUCGAUCAGCAGUAUUCUUUGAGCUAGAGAAAUACAAUGAGUGUAUACAAGAUAUUGACAAAGUAUUUUCAUUACAAUAUCCUGAAAAAUUAAGAGAAAAAUUGAAUAAAAGAAAGGAAUCAUGUUUUGAAUUUUUAUGCAUGGUCAAUGAUACACCUAGCACAGACAAUAUUAUAGUAGAUGAAAUUUUAAAAAUGAAAAGCCCAAAAGAUCCUGUCUAUGUUGCUGCAAGUACUAAACUAAAAGUGGUCCACAGUGAAGAAAUGGGCAGACAUGUUGUAGCAAAGGAAGAUAUAAGCGUUGGUGAAGUUAUAGUAGAAGAAGAUCCAUAUUUUACUAUUUUAAUUAAAUCUCAAUACCUCGUUGCUUGUAAUUAUUGUAUGUCAAGAAAUCUUAAUCUUAUGCCAUGUGACAAUUGCUGUUUUUCUUUAUAUUGUAGCAAUGAAUGUAAGGAAAAGGCUUGGAAGGAGUAUCAUAAAAUUGAAUGUCCACUGAAUGCUACUCUGCUGGAAAUGGACUUUACAAAAAUUGAACUACUAGCACUGAGAACAGUUAUCAAAGCCCGACGAGAUCAUACAAGCUGGGAUGAAUUAUUUAAAACAAUAGAAGCAGCUGAUUCCCAAAUGAAUACUGACUUUCAUGGACAGGUGAAAGUUGGUGACAAGUGGAUAUAUGAUUCCAAAUACUAUGCAUCCAUACAUUCUUUAGCUACAAACAAAGAAAGAAGAUCAAUUUCUGAUAUUUUCCAAAAGGCAGUCACAGCAGUAGUAUUUCUGAGGUUCUUGAAGUGCAACACUAUUUUUUUACAAUCGGAUUGUGAAGAGGAACAAGAUAAAAUUCUUCAAUGUGUAGCAAGAUUAUUGAUGAUACAUGAAAUGACUUCUCCUACAAAUAUGCAUGCAAUCACUUCCAAUAUAGGGAGUCAAAAUGGCAAAUUUGUUGAAGAAAUAAAUUUAGGCAGUGCACCAUACGCUUUUUGCAGUUUAAUAAAUCAUUCAUGUGCUCCAAAUGUGGUAAGAUAUUCAAAACUUGGUUCUGGUAGAAUGUCAGUAUUAGCUUUGAGGCCCAUUAAGAAAGGAAUGCAAGUUUUUGAUAAUUAUGGAUCACAUCAUGCUCUGGAGAACCGCAACACUCGUCAAAAAUCUCUUAAUUUUCAAUAUAAAUUUACGUGUCUUUGUGAGGCUUGUGUGGACGAUUGGCCCACAUAUAUGCAACUUAGUACAAGAAUGACAAAUAAAGUGCCAAAUACAAUUGUUCGAGCUAAAGAAAGGCUUUUAGGUAUGGAUGUUAUAAAUCAAUUACAAUAUGGAGACUUGGAGACGGCACUGAAAGUUUAUAAAAGUCUUUGUCAGCUAUGUGAAAAAUUAGAGAAAUAUGCACCAUGUCUUGAACUUUGUGAUUGCCAAGAAGCCUUAAAACAAUGUUUUGUAAUUUUUGGAGGGGUAGUGCCUUAUGGUUGUGAUCUAAUGGUUGAUCACAAAGCCCUUUCAACAGAAAGUAAUCCAUCUUGCACAAUUGCC